UCCUCUCCCCUUCUCUUUACUUUAUUCUACGGAUUUUCCCCUUUUGUAUGCUCUCUCUUUCUCUCUAUAUACAUACAUUUAUCUCUCUAUAUAUCUACAUAUAUACUUACAUUGAUUUUUCUGGCAUUGUUACAGUUCUAGCUGAAUUUCAUGGCUAACGAUUUGGAAACAUCGCCGCCGCCGGCAGCAGCAGCAUCGGCCGUCGUUGAUGAUAGCAUUGAGGAUGCCUGUAGUAUCUGUCUUGAGCCGUUUGACUCCGAUGAUCCUCCUGCUGUAACAGAUUGUAAGCAUGAAUAUCAUUUGCAGUGUAUUCUUGAAUGGUCUCAGAGAAGCAAGGAGUGCCCAAUUUGUUGGAGGGUUCUUGCAUUGAAAGACCCUGCAAGCCAAGAGCUACUAGCUGCAGUGGAGAUUGAAAGGAACAUGAGGUCAAGGCUUAAUGUGCGUCAUACCAAUGAAAAUGUCGAAGCCAACCAUGAUGCCUCGCAGCAGAAUGAUUCAGAUUUUGAGGAGCGAAUUAUGCGACAUUUUGCUGCUGCGACCAGUAGAGUCCGUCUUGUCAACAGAAGGAGAAGACAGGCAUCUUCAGGAUUUGGUCCUACACAGGUUGUACCUUCUGUGCCUGUAGGAGUUGGUUCAAACCAGACUCAGAAUAAUGAAUCCCCUGUACAGUUCCAAGGCUUUGGGUUUUCUGGGGAUGGGUCUGCUGCUUCUGCAACUUCUUCUAGUAUUGGACCUGCAUCAUCAUCAGUUCCUACCCAUGGAAGUGAUCCUUCUAAGCUUAGCCAACCACCAACUUAUGGUCCCCAGAGGUCAAGCUCAUCCGAGUUUCUUGCAUUUUCUGAAUCUAUAAAAUCCAAAUGGUCUUCUGCUUCAGCGAGGUAUAAGGACUCAAUCUCAAAAGGUACUCGUGGUUUUAAGGAAAAACUAUUAGCACGCAACACCACUGUCAAGGAAUUUGGCAGAGAAGUUCAGCGUGAGAUGAGUGCUGGAAUAGCUGGCGUUUCAAGAAUGAUUGAACGACUUGAUCUUACUUCAAAACGUACUGGAGCUGCUGAACCAUUAUCUGCAUGUACCAUGGGUACCUCAAACGUUCCUGAUAGAGGAUUGAGCGAGCAAGGAAAUGUGACAAUUCAAGCGCAUGAUGGUUGCAGGAAGCAUUCUACAAUUGAAGUAACUCCUACCAAUCCCUCAUUGAUCUCCAACACCAACACUGGCCAAAUGGGAAUUUCUCUUGGACAGAAUGGAAACUGAUGCUGCAACCCUGUUGAAGUCAGAAUAAAUGAUACCUGAUCAUGGUCCUCUUUGUCUCUGCUAUUAACUUAUAGCAUAAUGUAUAAUCUGCAAGUGACGUACGCUCUAAAGGUCAGUUAUUGCAGUAGGUGACUGACUUGCGUCCUGCAGUUACUGUCUGAAAACCUGGAGAUUUGAUAUGCUGUUGGAGAAAUUACAGUUUGUGCUUAAGCCUUAAGGUCUCAUGACCUGUUCUCUUUACUGUAAACCUGUAGGAUAGUAAGAUUGUGAUGCAGAUGAGCUUGUGUAAUUAACCAUGUCCAUUACCUUAAUGGAUAUUCAAGAGUGGAUGUCUUAUGGACUAUCCGUCAUUCUUCUUUAUGGUGGUUAUAUUUUCUUCUUUGUUA